AUGGCGACCGAGUCGAAGCUUCUCUCGCAGACGCUGCAGUCUAUUACAAAGACUAAGAUGCGCGAGCAACAUAAACGCCAACAAACAUUUGAAGCGAGCAAAUCGAAGCUUCUCACAUCAUGUACUGAACUUACGAACGAUCUCAAGCGGGUAAAAGCGUUACUCGAUGGCUACAAAGAAUUGGCCUGCAGCAACAAAGGUGUUGCUCAUGUUGAUGAAGACCGCGAAGAUAUGAUGAAGAAUAUUGCGAAGUAUAUCGAACAGGCUCAUCACGAUCCCUCAGUCUCUUCCGAAACGAUUGCUGGUAUCGAACGCACUUUACAGAAGAAGCUUGAGCAAGAAGGCCAGCGACUCGAGUUUGCAAAUCUUUACUACCGCCUCUUAGCUGAGUGGACAGAUGCUAGCAGCAAGCCGAUGGAGCAGUCUGAAGAGAAGGAGGCCUCGCUUGAUGGUGCAUUCGAGCAUGUGCAAAAGUACGACUUGCAGAAGCUCACGGAGAAAUUCGCCAGUGUCGUUUUCACUCCGCUGGAGACGGAUGAGGUUGAGAUCGACAAUUACCUAAAUGGUUUGUUCGAAGACGACCAUGCGCAGAGAUUCUUGAAAUACAUACGUGAAGACAACGCAGGAUUUGCGUCGCUUUUGAAAAAGCAGACGAAACCUUUCGAUCCUGACAUGCUGAAGAAAUGCAUCAAAGCGUUGCUCGCCAACAAUCUCCUCAACGACGACGCAAAGUCUACGCUCUCUGAAUUCGCCACCGAUGAAGUUGUUCUCGAUGAGAUCGCCGAUGUUCUCAACCUCCGAUUCGCUGAUCUCGAUAAUUGGUCAUGGCAGGCGGAAGAUGAGGGCAUGUACUACGAGCCAAGACGGCAGCUUAACGGAAAGUACCGCAUCAUGAUGGACAUGGACAUUCUACAGGCAAUUUUCCUGCACUUUAUCGCCAUGAGCUGGUGCGCGCAACUCAAGUUGAGGUUCGAGGGUUUAGUGGAAGAUUCCGAGUUCUGGCGACAGGAACGGGGCAUGUCGGACGAGGAGAAAGCAAGGUACUCCUUCUUCGUCGGUGGACCUCCGCAUGACAACGGCAUGCAAUCUCGAGAGAGGAAAAAGUACGUUACGCAAUAUCUGAACUCGUCACUUCCCUCCUCGUUGGAUGAGGGAGGCGAUCCUUACGGCGAGGAUGGUGAUGCUGGUAGAGCUAGCAAAUCCAAUGAACCAAAGACUGGCUUAGCUCUGAGGCAAGCUUUCUUGCAGCAGCUCGCAACGAAUGUAAUUAUUCGCCGUGAACUACACGGUGAAGUGGCAGUCGUACAAUCUGAUCUGCAAUGGUACGCGACUGGUCUUCCGCACUCCACGCUAUGGGCGGUCCUGCGCUUUUGGGGUAUCCCAGAUGACUUCAUCGCCUUAUUCAAGAAGUAUGCCGAAGCGCCUCUGAGGAUGACAGCAACUCCGGGCGAAAAUGUGCGUACCCGCCGACGUGGCAUCCCGAUCACUGAUGCGUUCGAGACGCUUUUCGGAGAAAUCGUGCUAUUCUGCAUGGACGUUGCAGUCAAUCGUCUCUCCGGAAUGACCAUGACACGAUUCCAUGACGACUUAUACCUUUAUGGUGCACCAAAGCAAACUUCCGAAGCAUGGAAGACAAUAGAGAUGUUUGUCAAGGUGCUCGGGCUCGACAUCAACACCAGCAAAACUGGCUCCGUAUAUAUUAGUGACGGAACCAAGGAUGAUGCAAUAGCUGCCACAUUUCCUGAGGGACCUGUUGGCAUGGGCAUGCUGCAAUUGAACGAUAAGGGCGAUUGGAACAUCGAUCAAGACCAAGUCGCCGCGCAUACGCGGCAGCUGCGUAAACAAUUAGGCCAGUGUACCAGUAUAAUGUCUUGGAUCCAAACGUGGAACGCCUGCAUCGGCAGGUUUUUCCAAGAUACGUUCGGCAAGCCAGCGAAUUGCUUUGGACAGGUGCACAUCAAAGCCAUACUCGACACUCACACACAGAUACAGUCGCAGUUGUUUGAUAGCUAUGGUGGAAGCAGUAUACAGUACCUUCGCCAGCAGCUUGAAUCACGAUUUGGCGUCACCAAUAUUCCGGACUCCUUUUUCUUUUUGUUAGAGGAGCUCGGCGGCCUCGGUCUCGCAAAUCCAUUCAUCCCCUUCUUGGCCGCCAAGCACUGUGUAAAAGAGAAUCCUAGGCACCUUGUGACUGCGUUUCAAAAACAAGAGAGAAUUACGUACAAGGCAUUCGCCGACGAGUUUGCCACGCUUUCGAAAGCGGACAAGCAACGCAGAUAUCGGACGGCAUUUGUUGACAUCAAAGAUAACGAGUCUAUUCCUGAGGAGCCGUUCUUUGGUAUUGAGGAAUAUUGCGCUCAUCGUGAGACGCACUCGUCUUCCUUACUCCGCGCAUACGAGGACUUGUUACAAGAACCCACUGCAGAAUAUGUGAGGCUCACCAGUGGAAUGCAACCAUGGUUCGAGGAGAUGAAGCAUACGCAUGGUCGCGGCUGGCAUGACCUAGACAGCAGAGAACGUUGGAUUAUGAAUUUGUAUGCGGACGAGCUGAAGGAUAAAUUUGGGGCGCUGAGUGUUGUGGACAAGAACUUACUGCCAAGCGGGGUGCUGAAAAUGUUGGAGAAAAGGAAAAUCACGUGGCAGAUGGUGAUUUGGGAGUAG